AUCGCCCUCUUGACGCCAAUCCGUCAUCAUAACCGUUCAUACCGGUAGCGCAGCAGUCGCUCAUCGGUUCGUGACACCUCAGCUUUCCUCUCAACCGACUUUUGGCUUGUCAAGAUGACGGUGCCACCUCCACCCAAUGCUGUGUUCUCCGCGUUCUCCUUCCUCGGUUUAGUGUUCGUGUCAGUACCUAUGUAUUGGCACUUGGAAGCUUGGAACACUGGGACAUGCUUAUACAUGGCUUGGACGGGCGUUCAAUGCUUAAAUCUUUUCGUUAAUUCGAUUAUAUGGAAUGGCAACGCGAUCAACUGGAAUCCUGUUUGGUGCGAUAUCUCUACGCGCAUAUUCAUCGGCGCGAAUGUAGCUAUUCCCGCUGCAUCCUUAUGUAUCAAUCGCCGCUUGUACCACAUUUCCUGCGUGAAGACCGUUACUCGGACACGUGCGGAAAAACAACGCGCCAUUAUGGUGGAUUUAAGCAUUGGUCUCGGGAUUCCCCUCCUACAGAUGAUACUUCAAUAUAUCGUCCAAGGCCACCGCUUCAACAUUUUUGAAGACAUCGGAUGCUACCCUUUCACGUAUAAUGUGACACUGGCAUACCCGCUCGUCUUCAUCUGGCCCCUUAUUAUAUCCGUUAUAUCGGCCGCUUAUUGCGUCAUGACUAUCCGGGCAUUCGCAAAGCGCAGGUCCGAUUUCAAUGAACUCCUGUCUUCGAACAGGAACCUGUCCCUGGGUCGCUACUUCCGUCUUAUGUGCCUCGCCGGGAUCGAGCUGGUCUGCGGGAUACCCCUCUCCUGCUUCUCCCUCUACUUGAACGCCAGUGGGGGCGUCGAGCCCUGGAUCUCGUGGCAGAACACCCACUCAGGCUUCUCGCGCGUUGACCAGGUCCCCGCGAUCAUAUGGAAGAACGUUCCCGAGCUGAUGACGUCCCUCGAGCUCAGCCGCUGGCUCACCGUUCUCUGCGCCUUCAUUUUCUUCGCGUUCUUCGGUUUCGCGGACGAGGCGCGGAAGCAUUACCGCAGCGCUUUCUACAGCGUCUGCAAGCGGCUCGGUUAUACCCAAGUUGGCUCUGCGGGUACCGGCCUGUCCGGGUCCUCGGGAUACAAGGGCUCUGGUCCCUACCCGCAGAUGGUCGGGUCCGGGCGCGGCCUCAGUCGCCCAACUAUCAAUACCGCGGCGAAAGCAAAGCGGGAUUCUCUCACGUCUUUCUCCGACCAGCUGUCCACCUCAAUAUACAUCGGCGACCUGGACGAGAAGAACUACCAGGCUUAUUCGCCCACCGAUGCGAACUCGCCGUCGACAGCAUCGAAUUCUAGUCUGCCGACGCCGGAGGACGAGCAUCGCCGGCAUAGCGAAUUCCUGCAGCCGCCAGCGCUCACACGCCCUGACCGGGUGCUACCUAUUUCGUCAGCGCGGCGCUGCUCGUCGGGGCCCUACGAGUUUGAGGGUCACGAGGAGGGUAAACCGCGGGGACACGACGCCGUCUAAAUUUGUCGCCCUCUCAUUUAUUAUGUAUCGAUAAAAACAACCUACCCACGUCUGUCGUUUCGUUGGAACUCUGGAUGGGAUUGCUCUGGUUCAUCUUGUUUGCUGUAUUUUUAGAGCCGUGUCAUACCCUGUCGCAGUCGCAUUAUUGUCGCUCGUUACCUUAAGUUUUGUUUUUUAUUGCUAUAGUAUGUCUAAGCGGUUCUCGUGUCGUGUCGUUUUGUAUUCGGGAUUCAGCUAGCGUUUAGAUGUAUACUAGUAGGAAUCGUAGAUAGAAUGGAAUGGAACCCAGUUCAUGUGCCACGGA